CAGAGUGCGCCGCCGCCGCCGCCGCCGCCGCCAUCGCCAUGAACAGCGUCGGGGAGGCUUGCACUGACAUGAAGCGCGAGUACGACCAGUGCUUCAACCGCUGGUUUGCCGAGAAGUUCCUCAAAGGGGACGGCUCCGGGGACCCGUGCACCGCCCUCUUCAAGCGCUACCAGCAGUGCGUCCAGAAAGCAAUAAAGGAGAAAGAGAUUCCCAUAGAAGGACUGGAGUUCAUGGGCCAUGGCAAAGAAAAGCCGGAAAACUCCUCUUGACCUGCCUGUCACUUGGGAAAUGUCAGUCCAUUGAGAGACCUCUGGAUUUUGUCCGCUAAGACUGUGACACUAGUCAAGGGAUGGAGGAGUUAAAAGGAGAGUUUUGUUUCUUCCUUUUUGGUAUUCUCUCCUUUCUAAGGGCAGCUGUCACUCUGGCUCACUCUAAGACAGUUUGACUCUGCUGGCAUCUCGAAGGGACUCCCUGUGCUACAAUGGAAACGCUUCUGGGGAUUUGGUUACAAUACGUGGUUUGGAAUCAGCCUUAACUGGUCCUUGGAUGCAGAUAAUGAUAAAGUGGUCACGAUCACGCUUGCCUGGCAGCUUCUGCUGCAGAGGAACUGCAUGGGAGUCAUCGUUCAUGUGCGCAGUCGGUCAGGACCUUUUUCCUCUCAGGGAGCUGAUGCUCUGAAAAGGGAUCUGGACACAACAGUUUCAAUCAAUCACUGCUUGGGAACUUGAUUGUAUUUUUAUAAUGACAGUUACAAAUGCUGGCAGCCUGGGUUGGUGAAGUAAAGGACAGCUUUACUUGGCUCCUGCCUUAACAAGCAAGGAAGGUGUGAAAGCUUCAGAAAUGACAAAAUCAUCACUUUGGAGCUCACAGAGCCAGCUCCUAGCUGCAGCACCUGGAGUGUCUGUGGAAGAAUCACCUACAUCACAGCCUCCAUGUCGCCAGUUUUCAACUCCAUGAAUUAAUGUCCAUCUGCACAUCAUUUAAUUGUGUCUGGCUGAGUGGAGGAGAGGUGCUAACUUAUCUGCUUAUCAUACCCUAAGUCUGUAAUCAUGAAAAUGGAAUAAAUUCUAAAAUUCAGAUUUUA